AUGAAGUCGAGGAAUGCCAAGUUCAUGGGCAUAAUCCCAUCGGGCGACGCCGAGAGCACCCGAGUCUUCCUACGUGAUCAGCUGCCUCAGAUGCCCAAGGACUACAUCGUGCGUUUCAAGAGUCGCCUUACAAGUUCCAACAGGCCAUGCUCAAGAUGCUCAAAAAUUCAAUUCUCGCAAUUCGGCCAGGAAUCGGGAUCCUCGGUCUCGGAAGGGCAAAUCACGAAGUACAUUAUCGACCUUAGGUCUAUCCUGGGCAAGCGUGAUAGUUGUGACUUCUGCCGUCUGCUUUUCCUUGCACUUUGCCUCCCGGAGAACGACCCUCUCCACAACGACGAGAUACAGACAUCUAUCCAACGAGACCCGGUACUUUCGGCCCAAAGGAGCCGGAACCCACCGUACCAUGUCAGCUUCGCCACUUGGACAUCAGAGCGUACACGCACGCUUACCGAUUCAGACGCCAAGUGGCCGUUCGGGUAUACAUACGAUAAUAUCGGCAUUGGAAACAGCCGCGACGUUUCAUCCAACCAGACGAGCGCAGAGAGUAGUGAGGCAGUAGACUUUGAAGAGGGCGGCGAACUGAACGAUAGGACGACAGCACACGCGGCCCGACACCUAUCCAUUUUCGGCCUCGUGACGGUCAAACAACUCGGCAGCGUCGACUCCAGGGUGGGGACCACUAUAACGGACGCAAUAGCAGUGGCCCUGAGUCUAGAAAUUCGCUAA